AUGUACGCGGGCACCACUCAGAAGCACCCUGGCCUUGCAUUGAUUGGGCGUGCAUACAAGGCUGCCAUCUCAAAGUCCGGUAAAGCACAUUUGGCUGCUGUACCCCACCCCCAACCUAACUUCUCUGCACCACUAUUGGCGAUUGGGGACUGUUAUCUUCGGAGCUUUCUUCAGGCAGCAAUGAUGCUCGGUGGGCUGAAUAAGGUUGACUCGAGGAGCCGCAGUCUUGGCGGUGGUGGUGACUACACUCGCUCCCAGGGCAGCAGAAUGAAGAUGCAGAUUAGCCGCCUGGAACGAGAACUUCUUGCACAGCCACCGCCCACCGCUGCCUAG